CAAAGUCCAGCUGGUAGCAGACCAGAUAGAGAUAAUGGUGGAGAUGUUAUGCAGGAGGUCCACAUAUCGGUGUUUAUUUAUUGUACUUCGUUGUGAGUGUUUGAGCAGCAGACAGUCAGAGAGACAUGCAGCCGUCUGUGGAGUCUCUGGUCCGACUGCUGGAGUCAUACAGAGGAAGAGAUAAAGUUAUCCGGACAGUCUGUUAUGGCUCACAGCUGGUCGGAGGAGUUCUCUCCCAGAAGGCAGAGACCGACGUUUCAUCCCACCGGCUCGGGAAACGUCUGCUGCUGUUUUCUGCUCAGCUCAGCCACUGCAGGACGGUGCUGAGGCUGUUUGAUGAUCUGUCCAUGCUGGCUUACUCCCACAGCUACGGGCUCGGAGGCGGGGAGGAGGACACAGUCCUGCGCUUGGUAUCGGUGCUGACCAACGUGGCCGACCAGCUCUACUACCCCUGUGAACACAUUGCGUGGGCUGCUGACGCUGAGCUCAUCAAAGUGAAGUCUGAUAAGUGGUGGCUGUUCAGCACGGUGCUGUGGGGAACCUCGCUGCUGCUGGGAAUACUCAGAUCGCUCCGAGUUUUGCUGCUACUGAAGAAGAAGCUGAAGAGAAAUGAGAGGGGCAGAGAUGGCCACAGUCGCUCUCAGCUCCGCACACAGAUGCUUAGGGAGGUGUUAUCCGUCCUCAGCAGCAUGGCUGACCUCAGUAAUGCCAUUCAUUGGAUGCCACCCGGCUUCCUGUGGGCUGGACGAUUCCCCAACUGGCUGGUGGGGCUGAUGGGAACCAUCUCGUCACUGAUUGGUUUGAUCCAGAUGAACUCCGGGGAAAGUGACGAGACAGACAGUCCAUAGUCGUCACCUCACUGAGAGGAAUACAGCAGGUGCUUCAACUGAAUGACUGAUACGUAAUUGUGGAAAAUGCUGAGUGAAAGGAUGAGCAGCAGAUCUUUAAUGUGAUCAGACUCCAGUCGGACUGUCUGCGGAGAUUCAUUUCUGUUAUUACUGACUCAAAUGUCUGAAGAACACAUGAAAUCAUCUGGACCUAUAACUAGAUGAUAAGUGAAUAAUCAAAGUAGACUUGUAGCCAAUCAUCAAAGUGCUUGAUCUGAUGUGACUGAAAGCCUUUUUGAAAAGUGGGGGGAAAAAAAGAAUUCUAUUAAGAUACAAUAUUUAAUCAAUCAUCAGUAGGAGGCAAAACUUGAUGAGAUAAGUAAUCAAAUGUUCCUUUACCUAGCUCUAAUUUAUUCAGCUAACUGAUUCGGCAUCAAUAUCACACAUAAUUGAAAUCUAUUUUGAAUUUAUACUGUCAUUUUAAGCAGAUAAAAGUAUAUACACCGCAUUUAAGUAAAAUAUAGAGGUUUUCAGAAAACUAUUCAGAUCCUACCUGACAUACAGUAUUUAAUCUAAUAACAUGGCUGAAUGUAUGCAGAUCCUUGGAGUGAAUCAACUUUGUAUUGUUGCCUUUGUGUUGAUACACACUCCAACUUCAUUUUCAAUCUUGCUUUUUUUCAUAUGCAGUAAUUCAUACAUGUAAACAGUGAAACAUUGCUCUUUUUUUGUGAUUUUUAUAAGUGGGCUACUGGAAUCACUGAAGUAAAAAUUUGAUUACUGUCACAUAAUGUUUAAAGACCAGCUUAAAGGAUGUAAUGUCCCCAAGCUUUCAUUACGUUUCACUUAGUCCCUCAGGUGUUGAGCUCAGCUAAUUUGCAUUUUAGAAUCAGUAGAAAACAGCCCUUAGAAAACACUGGUGAAGUUGUAUAUAGUUGUCUGUGUUACAGGUCAAAUGGAUCAGAAGCUGCUUGAAAUGUAAAUUGAAUUCUAUGUUUAGUAACUUUAGAUUAUGAAAACCUAUUCACUUUUUUUAAUAAAUUGAAUCAACUGUCCUCUG